GUUGGCAGCAGUUAGCCCUGGCUUCCCUUCAAUUUCUAAUUACUCUCUUUUCUUUAUUAAUCUCCUUUGUGGCUUUGUUUAUCCUUGAAAUUCCAAAACUCAGUUUAAAUGAGUGCUAAAGGGAAAGAAGUAAUAUGAAGGAUCAUGUUUGCAAUUUUCUGGAUAGUGAUAACUCUGAAGUAAAGCUCUUAUCCAACCAGGGAGAAAUAUUUCCACUUUAGGCGGUGACAAUUUGAGGUGUUAACAUUAUAUGAUUUCAUUUUUUUAGUUUUAUGUAUGGUCUGGAUGCUAUUUGUUGGAAACCUGUCAACAAUUUUAAAUGUUUACAUAAUAAUGUCUUACCCAACUAUGUAUUAAUUGUUCUUGUGCUGGUCUGAGCUGCUGAAUGUUGGGGGAAAGUUUUCAUUUAAGAACUUUAAUGUCUUAUAUAUGCUCUAGGCUACAAGAGUAUACUGUAGAGACUGCCAUAGCUGUAAUUGCUGAUGGGGGUGCCACCCUGAAAAUAGAUGCACAGCACUUGAGGGACCUUAGCUUCCGAGCUGGUUCCAUCUACCAGUUCAUUGGUGAACUCCAUAUUCAACCUGACAACGAGACUGUCUUGCAGGCUCGUGUUGGUAGAAAUGUUGAUGGUAUCGAUCUCAAUCUCUAUCAUCAGUCACUGCAGCUAUUAAGACAGUUCCAAGCUGAGCAAAUGAAAAAUCCAACCACUUAAUGCUGUUGGGUUAUCUCUGGAGAACUGUAACUCAUAUCCUUAUGGAUUGAGAACGAAUUUUCCUUUCUUUAAUGCUUUUAGCUGAAGCUCUUUUGGAGUCAAUCGCUUCUUCAACGGAUAUUGAACAAUGUACUCGAAAAAUUUUGCUCAAGGUGAUAGUGGUGUUUUUGACCUCCCAUAAACAAAAAAUGGGUGUUGAGUGCCUUCUAUCCCUUUGGUUCAAAAUCUGGGAAUACUCUCACUUUUGGACUAGUACGGUAUCCGGAAAGUUGCCUAAAG